AUGGAAAGGGAUCGAGUUGCUGGAUCUUGCAACUCCCCUCCCUAUUUUGACGGCAAUAACUAUGCUGCAUGGAGAGAAAAAUUUGAGAUAUUCCUUGAUGCUCUUGAUGAGUAUGCAAGUGGGUAUCUCACAAAAGAGUGGGUUGCUCCGGUCAAGACUGUUGAGGGUGAACUUGUGUCCAAGCCUAGGUCAGAAUGGACUGAAGCUGAGGUGUUUGCUGCAUAUUCGAACAAGAAGGCCAGAAAUGCCUUAGUUACAGCUUUGUCUAGCACACAAUUUGCACAUAUACAACACAUCCCUAAUGCUAAACAAGCUUGGGAUAAACUAAGGGUAGUUCAUGAAGGGGAUGACCAAGUUAGAACCCUAAAACUUCAGAUGGUGCUUGCACAAUUUGAAGAACUUAGGAUGUCUGAAUCUGAGUCCAUUUCUGAGUUCUAUGGAAGAGUUGAGAUGAUCACAAAUGAAGCCAUGAGUCUAGGUCAACCCAUUGAAGAGCUUCUUGUUGUUCAGAAAAUUCUUCGUGUUCUACCAUCUAGGUUUAGAGCAAAGAAAACCGCAAUCAUGGAGGUCCAAAAUUUAAAUGAAAUUAAGCUUGGCAAGCUUGUAGGAAAAUUGAAAACCUAUGAGAUGGAAUUGAAUAUGGAAGAAAAUGACUCCAAAAAAUCAAAAAAUGUUGCACUUCAAGGAGUGCAUGUUUCCUCUCCGAAAGGUGGUGAUAAAUCCUCAGGUUUUGAGGAUGAGAUGGCCUUGUUUGUCAAAAAAUUUAGGAGAAUUCUUAAGGAUAAGGGAAAGUUUGCUAGAGAGGGCAGCUCUGGUAGUGAGAAAAAUUUUAGACCAUCAACUGAUCGGUUUAAUGAGAGGAAUAAGGAUGUCAAACCUUUCACGAAAGAUUUUAGAAAAUCUGUCAAGUGCUUCACAUGUGGAGGCAUUGGACACUAUGCUGCUGACUGUGCAAACAAUCAGAAAAAAUACUCCAAAGGAAAGGACAAGGCCAUGAAAGUGAGCUGGAGUGAGAGUGAAAGUGAAGGCUCUCAAGAUGAUUCAUCUUCCUCUGAUGAUGAUGACCAACAUGUUGCCUUUGUUGCCUCUGUACAGCCCAUGUCUGAUGAAUCUGAUUCUGAGUCAGAUGACCUGUCAUACGAGUCAUUAGGAAGAAAAUAUGAUUGUUUGUUUAAAGAGACCCUGUCCUUGAAAGAAGAGAGCCUCAAACUUGAGGCAAAUAAACAAGAUCUUCAACAUGAAAUUCUCAUCUUAAAAGAAACCAAAAAGGAGUUGAGUGACAAAUUUGAGUCUCUAGAAAAAGAAAUUGAUGCUCUUGUGUCAAUUAGGAGUAACCUCGAGAACCAAGUUAAUGUGCUCAAGGAAAGUAACAUUGGUUUCCAGAACUCAAACAAACAGCUCCUAGGUGAAUUGAAUGAAGCAAAUAGGAAGAUUAUAUCUAUGACCAUUGGUGCAUCAAAAAUUGACAAAAUGUUGAAUAUGGGAAAACUUCAUGGGGACAAAGGUGGUCUUGGAUUUAAUCACUUUGGUUCUAGUUUGUCUAGUUCUACCACUAAGUUUGUCAAAUCCGAAAAUCCAGUCACGAUUCCUCUUGAUGUUCAGCAGGUUGUCAAGAAACCUAAGUUUGUUCCAACUUGUCACAGGUGUGGGUUGACUGGUCAUAUUCGACCAGUCUGUCAUAUGUAUAGCAAAGAUAAGACCAGAAAAUUGUCUCCAAAAUCUAAAAGGAAUCCCAGAUCUUUGCAAGAUCAAGUUGAUCAUUUGCUGAAUGAGGUCACUAAGAUAGCCAAACUUGUCUCCCUCAAAAUGAGUUCUCCUAUUGUGCCUAAGUCUACUUGGAUUGCAAGAGGUCAUACCAAAUCUCUUGUUGUGCUAAAUGCUUUUGCUGCUUCAAAUAUCAACUCUUGGUAUUUUGAUAGUGGUUGUUCCAAACAUAUGUCUGGAGAUAAAAAUGUUUUCUCAUCUCUCAGCCCCUUUGAUGGAGGCACUGUGACUUUUGGUGGAGGUCAUAGAUCUCAAGUUGUUGGAAAAGUAGAAGUCAGAUUCUCCAAGCAUGGCUGCAAAAUCAUUGGAAAAGGUGGAAAUGAGAUUGUGAGCGUGGCAAGGUCUAGGGACAAUUGCUUCUGCAUUGAUGGUGUCAACGAUGCAAAAGAAAUUGUUUGCAACAAGAGACUUGCAUAA